CUGUCUCUGACCUGGACUCAAUGCAGGGUUCACGACGGCCGCAGACGCACCGUCCUUCUCCCAGUCGUCCAGCAGGGGCGCUAAUGCUACCUGCGCAUUAGUCUGGGAAUUUCGGUUUCCUGUCCGCCAGCACAAACCAUGGUCGAUCGAUAAACCUGAUCUUCAGCCCUCUUGAGAAACUCGGGUUCCCGGAUUGAGCUUCCCUGCUGUUAACGAUGCGGCACGGCAUCAACUUUCCGUCGACCUCGGGAGACUGCCCGAUUUGCGGUCGAGGAGACGGAGCAACGCAAGAUAUUCCAGCAGUCUGGCGAAAGAAAAAAAAAAAGUUGCCAAAGAGCCCUUGCGACUCCACAUUCACCUCGGCAUGAUGAUACCACUGGCAGUUAUCGUGGGGCUGGCACAGUUCUUGCUUUUUCUUUUGAGCCGCCAUCCGGAUCCCUGUUCAACUCCAAUUUUCUCCAACGUGCCUGGAACCUUGAUGAUUGGUCGUGUCCAACCACGUCGUUCAUUGAUGGAGUUGGAAGCACAGCAGAAACUCGCAUCCGACGACCGCCGGACGGCUGUCGGGAAGUUGCUGCAUCUGGUAAAACACGACGUUGCUCCCGUGUGUUAUCAGAAUAUGCGGAAAUCGGCAGCCAAGGCGACGACGGCAUGGCUUCUCGCGCCAGGUUCUGAUAAGGAGCGUGCAGGCGCAUGCACACCGACACACACCUCGGUGCUGCUGUGUAAGGGCAUCGGCAAGGCGGGAAUGAGCAGACCAGGAUCCAUCGUAUUUCCAGCCUUCCGGAAGCCUUCUGCACCGUCCCGAGGCGACAGUUUCCGUUCUGCGGAAUGUGUGUGUGGUCCACAUGGAAUAAUGGCGGUCGCGUUGAGUUUGGACUGGAGUCCGUCGCUCCGUUUCAUGUGCCAGGAAGGUCCUCGACCCCUGCUGUGCCAUGUGCGCUCCGCGAUAGGGCCGGCAAAAUGGGAGAAGUCGGUGCCAGCUCCAACAGGCUGUGGGCGUUCACGAAAGAGAGGGGCAAUUCUUCUCGUCCGCGCUCAGACUUCGUCAUUUCUCGGGACAGGGACACAGCACACCUCGCACCCGUAUCUCGGCCAGGACGCCCGAUGUUCUUUGAAACCGUGCCUCGGCGGAUUGGCGGUCAUCAGUCGGUGGUCCCUCUGCCCAGUCUCAAUACCGGGCCGUUUAAAAGACCCUGGGCUCAUGUCCAUGAUUGGGGUAGCAACUGGUGGGGUUGACAAGAGUUGGAGAUGCCAGGGGGUCUGCUCCAUAUGGAGAUCCGCCGCGGAUAGAGCUGUUGAGGACAAUCACUUCUUCACCAAGGCGGUGGCGAUGGAGCGAUGACGGUCACUCUGAUGAGCACCCAGAUUCCAAAGCACACCGAGUCCGAAGGAUCUUGGAGGAUGAACCACCGCGAGUCAGCCAUGGGGUAGCACUCGGCAGCAUAUUGUGCGGAGACGAACCCGUCGCACAGUCUCGCGCGCAGAAGAGACGGACGGGAGCGAGGGCCAAGCUCCCGUCUUCCCCAUUGACAAAGCGAUCUGGCGCUUUCCUCGCUAAUCGAUGCGGAGAGUCGGCGGCAAUAGAGAAAUAACAAAAAAAAAAGGGCGGGUGAGGCAGUUUUAAGAAACAGCUGUGAAAGGGAAAAUAGAAGUUGCAAGAGCAACCUGAACUAAGGCACGUGGAAAGCCUGAGAGUUAAACGAGAAUCAGCUUGAUGGAAGUGACCUUCCACCUACUACUGUCUCGUGGGAGCUUCCCCUCGAGCUGCGCCCAGAGUUCCAG